AUGGAAUCUCUCACAGUUUUUCUUUUAUUUGGAGUUAUAACGGCUUUUGUUUCUGGCGUUCCCCUCCCUCCCUCAGACCACCAGCCUUUCAUUAUCGGUGGAGAGGAUGCUGCAGAAGGAUCAGCUCCUUACAUGGUGGCCCUGGUAUUUGGUGAACGAGUCAUGUUCCAGCUCUGCGGAGCUUCCCUCAUCAGCAGGCGACUGAUGCUGACUGCUGCACACUGUCUCGAAUCUUUCAUAGCUGAUGAAGGUGGAUUGUUGGACACUUUACACUCCCGAGUGGGUUCCAAUCAGUGGAACUCAGGUGGCACCAUGGUUGCCCUAAAGGGCUACCACAUGCAUCCACAAUGGGACUCUAUAAACAUUAAGUAUGAUGCUGCAGUGUUGGUUACGAAGGUGCCAGUGCAUCUGACAGACCGAGUGGCCCUCAUCAGCAUGUCUUACGACUUCAUUGAAGGAAACGAAGCGGUUUUGGUUUCUGGUUGGGGUAGGACUGGACCAAGAUUCGAUGAAAAUGUUAUUCACUUACGACCAACUCCAGAUGACAAGCAAGUUCUUUACAUGGACACAUUAGACUACGAUAAGUGUCAGGAGUUGAUGAAGAUAGCAUCAAACAGCCGCGCCCCGCCCGUACAGCGUGACGUCGAAAUAUGCACAUUCCACUCUCGAGGACAUGGGAUGUGCGUUGGAGACUCCGGGAGUGCCCUCGUCAGGUUAAGCACCAAGCAGCAGAUUGGCAUUGUAUCUUGGGGAUACGGCUGUGCUGCUGGUGCACCUGACGUUUAUGUCAGGAUACUUGGUGUCAAGGACUUUUUAGAGUUUACUAUCGCACUUUAUGAAGACUGA